GUCGUCGCUCGGAAGCAACCGCCCCUUCUCUCCUCUCCUGUGACGCGAUCCCCAGGACCCGGCGAGGAUAUAAGAGGAUUUAUAGAACAUUAUAGAUUCAUUUGAGGAAGAAUAGAUAGAGAGGUGGUUUCAAAUCCGAUCGUCUCCUUGGGCACCAAGUCUUGGAGACAUUCUCUUCUUUCUCUGUUCCUUGGACGCGGGACAAGAAAGAUAUACUUUGGAUUCCAAGCAGGGAAGUGCUCCCAGAGCUAAGAGGGCUUUGUGGGAAUUGGAAACAUGUUGGGAGAUCUCGCCACCGCAGUUCUUGUGAUGUUGUUUGGAUACGCAUAUCCAGCAUUUGAAUGCUUCAAGACGUUGGAGCAGAGCCAGCGGUCCCGUGACCGUAAGGUCGAGCAGCUCCGGUUCUGGUGCCAGUACUGGGUCAUAGUUGCAAUAGUGACAAUCAUUGAGAAAUUUGGGGGACCUUUCGUUUCAUGGUUGCCUAUGUAUGGAGAAGCUAAGCUAGCUUUCUUCGUCUACUUAUGGUAUCCAAAAACAAAGGGAUCCGAUCUUGUGUACGAUGCCUUCCUGCGGCCAAUUGUCAUGCAAUAUGAACCUAAUAUUGAACAGAGAUUAAGGCAUUUGAGGGCAAAAUCUGGAGAAUUGCUUGUAUUCUACAUGAAGAACUUCACGGAUAAAGGAACUGCUUUGUUUCUAGAAACUCUCAACUAUAUGGUCACGGGGGCAUCCAGAACACAGAGCAACAGACGGUCAGGAUCGUCCGGCCCAUCGAACCCCAUUGCAAUUUUACGAUCGGCCCAGCAGGCUCCGGCGCCGGAAAUAAGCGUCCGCGGCAAUCCGAACGGCGUCGGGCUCACCGCCGAGGAAUUGGAAGAAGACGCCGCCGUCACCGAGUCCCUCCGCGCCGCACGUGCCAAAUUCCGGAGAUCCCGACACCGCCAAUAAAAUAUACAUAGAAAAUAUAUUGAGGUGGAAAUAGAAUAGUGGUGGGUGGGAUUAGCACUCUUUUUUUUUGGAAUUUUUUUUUAUUUUAUAAAAAAAAUCAAAUCCCAAUCAGUCAGCAUUGUUUCUUUGUUCC